CUGGGGUGGGGCUAGGAGCUGAGCAAGGCUACUGCAGCCUGCAGGGAGCCCCCCAGCCCGCACCUACCCGCUCCCUCCGCUCCUUGCUCCCCAAGCCUAGUCGUGCCCAUGCAGCCCUUUCCUCCCCUGCGUGUGCAUGGCACCUGCAAGCUCCCGCAAGCCCAAGCGCCCUGGUGCACAGCACCGCUGAGCCUCCCUCUGCCACACAGCCCCAUUUUCCUCCCCUCCCUCCCCACACUCAUGCUCCAUUUUCUAGCAGCAUCCCCAGUGCCCUGGCCCUCAUAGUGCAGACGGUGGCCGCUGCUGGGAGGGGGGUGGUUAUUGACUCCCAAUUGAGGUCGGAUCCUCCCCAGUAGCUCUGCAGUGAAGACUGGGAAGCAGGCUGGAUCCUUACUUGCUCCGUGGCUUUGCAGGGUCAGGAGCGGAGACCCGCAGGGGUUGCCACAGCUCGGGAAUUGUUUGCGUGCGUCAGGGCCAGGAGGUGUCAGAGGAAGACUGGUUUUCCUAGGGUUCAGGCAGACACAGGGCCUUCUCCGUGGAAAGCGGGUGCGUCAGCACCUCCUGGUCCCUGCGCUGAGCGAACGGCUCAGCUAUCGCCUCCCUGGCUCCAGGGCUGGCUGGGGGCUGGAUCUGCCUGCAUUCUUCCCCCGCACCUGGCACCAGGGGUGCAGCAUCACAUGUGCUCCCCCCUGCCGCAGCAGGCCCCGGCUGGCAGGGGUGGAUGUGCCCUCCUCUGCCCCAGCCCCUCCAGCAUCCCUUGCUACCCAGGCUGCAGACAGAGCCCUGCUGCCCGUGCCCCCACCCCAUCCCUGUGGCCUGAGGAGGUUACUGGACGCUCCCUACCCAAACCAGUUCCCCCUGGCAGCACACAGGGCUCUUGGGUUCGAAGCACCUGCAGUUAGGUUUUGCUGCGCAGACACUUCGCCAUGCUGCUGACUGCGGCUGAUUUGUUCCCCACGUGCAGCUGCAGCUGCAACCAGGGUCUGUGUGGUGCAAUGGUGAGGCAUCAGCCUGGUACCCACCCACAUCACCCCAGCACGGCCGGGGACCAGCUGGAGACCUCUCCCCUCCAAACUCCAGUCACCUGUCCCCACCAGGCAAAGGUCAGCAGAUCUAGGCCUGGCCCCAGGAUGUGCUGGACCCCUGCCCUGGCUGGCUCCCGCCCUGGCUGUCCUCCCCCUCCCUGCUGAGACCCAUGUCAGCCCCACUUCCUGCAUCCUCUGAAUCAUCCUGGCCCAGCCUGCCUGGAUGUGGCCAGCUCCCCCAUGGCAGGGGCAGGAUGGUUUGUGCCAAGUCUCAGGGAGGGAAUAGAAAGGGGAGGCUUGUGCUGCCCAUGCCUGCAGCUCACCCAGCACAGCCCCUGCUUCCCCUUGUUUCUCAGAACCAGGGUCGGGGUCUGCAUGGGCCAGCAGUGCAAGGACUGUCAGGGCUGGGCAGCCUACUCGUGCUGCCUUUAAUGAGCAGCAGAUGGGCAGCCUCUCCUGCCUUCCAGCCUUGUGAUCCUUUAAUGCAGAGCUCAUGGGGCUCAGGCAGGCCAGCUGCACCCCUGACUCCUGCCUGCUUCCAGGAAGCCCAGUCCUGCCCCUCCGUGUCCGUGGAGGGCUGUGUGCAUGCCCGCUGCGGCUCAGGUAUGCCCUGGGAGUACACAUGCCUCUCUCAGUGCUCAGCAGAGGGGGUGUUCAUCUGGGCCCGGGGGUCCGUGGUGGGUUUUCUGUGUCCAGCUGUGUCUGUCCCUGCGUGAGUAGGCGUGCACAUGCUUGCACAUGGAUGUGUGUGCGCCUCCCCCCUCCCUCGGUGUGCAUGAGGGGGGUCUGUCGUGUCUCUUCCCAGCCUGCCCCUGCCCUGUAGCUCACCAGCGCUCUCUUGCUUCUGCCCAGGCCCUGAUCCCAGACUCGAGCUGCUGACACCCGUGGGCUGCACCAGUGGGAAGAUGAAUCCCACCCUCAGCAUCGCUGUGCUCCUGGCAGUGCUCCAGGCUGCCCAAUGCCAGACAAUCAGGGACCUGAGCGCCUGCCUGCUGGGCCAGAGCCUGCGGGUGGACUGCCACUUCGAGAACAAGACCAGCAACCCCCUGACCUACGAGUUCAGCAUCAUCCGGGACACCCGCAAGCGCGUGAUCAACAGCAACAUGAACAUCCCGGAGAGCACCUACCGGGCCCGCUCCAACAUCACCCUGCACCGGAACCUGAUCCACCUCUACCUGUCCAGCUUCACCACCAGCGACGAGGGCCUCUACAUCUGCGAGCUGAAGGCCACCAAUGACUACACUGGCCACCAGGUCAAGAACAUCACCGUCAUCAAAGACAAGCUGGAGAAGUGCGCCGGCAUCAGCCUCCUGAUCCAGAACACCUCGUGGCUGCUGCUCCUGCUCCUGUCCCUGCCGCUGCUGCAAGCCCUGGAUUUCGUGUCCCUGUGAGGGCAGUGCCCUGCCGCCAGGCCGCGGCCCUUGGACCGAGGAAGGAGGCAAACGCUUUGAACACACGCACUAUAUCCCUCUAUCUAUCUAUAGCCGUAUACCUGCCGCUGCCACGCUGCCCCCCCACCCCCCGUCAUCGUGCCCCACACCCGCUGGGGGGGUCCCCGUAGUAUGCCAGGGCCCCGCGCAUGGCGCCAUUCCCUCACGUUCUGCUAGGCAGUGCUGCUUCUUCCAUCGCGAUUUUGUUUGCCCGUCCCUCUAUCCGUCCGUCUGCCUGUCUAGCGGGGUCGGGGGGGGGCAGCUUUUUCUUGUUUAUUUUGUUCUGUCGAGCAGGGAAAGCGCGGAAGGCCAGCAGGCCCGGGAGGGAGCCGGGGGAGAUGCAGAUGGGGUGCUUGGGUCAUGCCCAAGCGAUAAGGGCUAGCCUGCCAGGCCCAGGGGUGUCGGGGGGGGUUCACCACCUGCCGGGGCCACGGGUGCGGUGAAGUGGGUGGGUUCUCAGCCCUGUCUUUUGCACUGCACAACGCUGAGGAUCAACUGGUGUUGUCUGCCUGGGAGAGGCCUGGGGGGAGCAGUUUUGGGGAAGUAUGAGCAAAGAAGGGGGCCUGGCCAGAGUAAGGCGGGGGGAAGGGCACAGCUCAGACCUGGAGAGGGACCCAUGCCUCCAGCCCUCGGUCAAGGGGGGGUAUGGAGGCUGCUCCAGGAGCUGGGCGGGGGGUGGGGCAGGGCGGAUAGAUACUUUUUUUUCUUGGAUUGAGUGGAACAUGAGGGGCAGGGACAGCCGGGUCCAGGCUAGACGAUAUCCCGAGCCCUGAGCUCCCCACCGUGCCCUGGAAUCCAGUCCUUAGCUGUGACGAGAGAGAGCUGCUGCAGAGAGACCCCUCUCUGAGCUAGAGACACCCCCUCCCUGGCCACAGCCCCCCAAAAGUGGGGCAGGGCAAGCCAGCAGGCUCCUUGCCCCUCAGCGGGCUGGGGACGCCCAUGCUCGCACCCCUCCCAUCUCCCGGAGCUGGAGCUUGUUCUGUCCCCGGAUGCAGGAAUAAGAGCAGGGCCAAGCUGCCCACCCCAGGCCAAGGCACCGAUGCCCUGGGGGUCUCUGU